AUGAAUAUAGCUCUAACCUUUACAGAUAGAAAGGCAACAGCCGGAUUGCUAAAGUUUCUGGAGGUAACAGAAGUGGGUAAAAGAGUCUCGGAACAGGGGUAG